AUAGUGCUUUUUUGGCAUUUCACACAUCGCAGAGUGUGGCUUAGAAACCACAUCUUCACAGGUAUAAAGCGCUCCUUCUUUGCCGCUUUGGCUCAUACUGGUUCACAAAUACUCCUCAUUAGUGGUAUUUUGAAAACCAAGGCCACGCUUCUACUUCUAUGUCUUUCAAAGAGGGACCUUUCUCUGAUUCCCAGUACGCCUUCAUUGCCUAGUUAUUUAUUAUCUCCUUGAGUUGCUCAUCAUGAAUUGUGACAGCGGUCGGAAACCCUUUAAUUUCUUACCUAGGCAGGAAACAAUGUCUUUGACUCCCCGGAGAUCUUCGCCCAUUUUCAGCGUUGAACCACCAUGGUCAUUCCCCACCUCGUCCUACACAAAUGAGGUUACUGCACCUGGAACUGGGAUAAUACUAUCUGAUGAUCCUUUUCUCGCGAGAAGCCAUCAGAAUUUUCAGGGCGACUCAUUCAUUGAUUAUGGCGCAUUGAGGCACGAUGAUGAUAGCUUGCCAGUGACUUCCCCUGGCAAUGUAGUGUCAUCAAUCACGGUUUCUCAGACUACUGACGGUGCCUGGUUGACCAGUGCCUCUGCAACUCUACCUCCGGAACUCGAGACAUCUGCUCACAAUUCAUAUCAACCAAUUCAUUCAACUCUUUCGCACAUGGUAGCUAGCAGCUCUUUCAUGUGGCCUGUGCAUGGACCAGUCCAUACUGGGACCGUCCAUUCAUUAGAAGUCUUGCAUGAAGACCGCAGGACCGCAAUGCUGCAAGGAAGUCCACAAUCCCCGGCGCCAGUACCACCCAAUAGCUCAUGGUAUCCUCAAGUAGAGGCUGUAGGCAGCUCCGCGACCGCUGCGUUUCAAUCUCCUUCACUCCACUCGAGACCGACGCCACCGGCUCUUCGACACGAAAGCACACCUCAAGGUUCAGUCUCUCGGCAUAAUGAAACCGCUGUAAUAGGUCCACAGACUCCUGGUACGGGGUCAGCUGGCUAUGAACCUGCUUCCCAAUCACCGCGUCAGAGACGCAGAGCCUCAUGGUCGAGUUAUGCCGACCGGCCGGCAAAAGCUCUGCUCUGCAACGGGAUUGUCCUUGAUGAAGAAGACGUCAAGGAAACUAGGAGUAUUAAUGGCGGUCUCGUUAUCACUUAUCUCUGUCGCUGGAUGCACAACGGGCAGGAAUGCGGUAUGCACGUCAUGGGCGAUCGUAUACGAUUGGCAAGGCAUAUACAGAGGUGGCACAGGGCUCACGCGGAACACAGUGAGAGGCAGGUCCCUUGCCUCUGGGGUGGCUGUGGAAAGGUAAUGAAAAGAGAGAACGUCAUCCGACAUGUCAUCGUUACCCAUCUCAAGAUGAAAUGGUGCUGCUCGGUAUGUUGCAUCAGGCUAUCUCGCGAUGAUGCCUCUGCGAGGCAUUUCGAACGUGUGAAAUCCUGCAGGCAUGGUGUUGCGACGGUUGAAAGAGGUCCAGAAGCGCAGGAAGUGAACGUUCGUCAAGGGGUCGAGUUAUGAUUAAUUUAAUUUAAUGCGGACAUAUCUCAAGCAAGCGAUAAUUUUAUGCUACAUGGACAGCGUUGAUAACUAUUUGUGAUCCGAUACAUGUGUUGUAGUCGUGGGUUCACCGGUUACCGGUCAUAUACAUGCCUCAACUCGACUCUCCCUUGACUUUCUCUCUAAUAUUCUAACAGUGAUAACAAAGUAAUAUUAAC